UGGAGGAGGACAGUCUGGCACAGUGAUAGAGUCCAUAGUCUGGGUCGUACUGUUUCAAGGAUUGAGCAGAGUCGUCGGAUUGAACAUGCCCCCUGCAGCAGCAACCAAUCUAGGCUACACCCCGCCAGAUGGAGGCUGGGGCUGGGCCGUCGUCUUUGGUGCUUUCAUCUCCAUAGGCUUCUCCUACGCCUUUCCCAAGUCCCUCACAAUCUAUUUCAAGGAGAUUCAGGAAUAUUUUUCAGUCUCCUACAGCGAGAUUGCCUGGGUUUCCUCAGUCAUGCUUGCUUCUAUGUAUGCAGCAGGUCCCAUCAGCAGUAUACUAGUGAACCGGUAUGGCAGCAGACCUGUGGUUAUGCUUGGCGGGCUCUUGGUUUCCUCCGGCAUGGUGCUUGCUUCGUUUGGCACCACUAUCAUACAUCUGUAUCUCUGUGUUGGAGUAAUUGGAGGUUUCGGUCUUGCCUUCAACCUUCAGCCGGCCCUGACGAUCAUAGGCACUUACUUCCAGGUCAAAAGGCCACUGGCAAACGGACUCGCCAUGACAGGAAGUCCAGUUAUUCUAUGCACUCUGGCUCCCCUCAAUCAGUUUCUGUUUGAUUCCUUCGGCUGGAGAGGGAGUUUCCUCAUCCUGGGAUCAAUUGUUUUGAACUGCUGUGUAGCUGGUGCUCUGAUGCGACCAGUCAACAAACGUGUCCAGCACAAGCCAAACAAUGAAUUGCCAAAGUGUAAUGGGGCACCCGAAGAGGAAGCUGCUGUUGCUGACGUGAACACAAGCACAGAGUCGGCCACAGUUCAGGAGGAAGAAAAUCUAAACGAGAGCAAGGGUCGGAGCUUUGUGCACAAAUUCAUAGACGUCUCACUUUUCAAACACAGGGGCUUUCUCAUAUAUCUCGCUGGCAACGUGAUUCUGUUUUUUGGCUUUUUCGCUCCUGUGGUUUUUCUUGCUCUGUAUGCCAAACAACAAGGGAUUGAUGAAUACUCAGCAGCUCUCUUACUCUCUAUUUUUGCUCUGGUGGACAUGUUCAUCAGACCGAUAACUGGCCUUAUUGGCAACACUAAGUUGGUUAGGCCAAGGAUACAAUAUUUCUUCAGUUUUGCUGUGACGUACAACGGAGUAUGUCACCUUCUGUGUCCGCUGGCAUCUGGAUAUGCAGGUCUCGUCGUCUAUGCUGUCUUCUUCGGUUUGGCAUUCGGGAUGCUUUCUGCACUGCUUUUUGAAGUUCUCAUGGACCUCGUCGGAGCUCAUCGCUUCUCCACAGCAGUUGGACUCGUCACCAUCAUCGAGUGCGGGCCGGUGCUUCUUGGACCUCCGAUCUCAGGAGCUCUGGUCGAUACCUUUGGGGAUUACAAAUACAUGUACUACGCAUGCGGUGUGUUCAUGCUGGCGCCUGGCAUAUUUCUCUUCAUCAUGCAUUACUUCAACUACAAGAAACUGGACGAGGAGCACAGGAGGAGUGUUGUUGUGGAGAUGAGGACUUCUGAAGAGGCCGUGCACCUUAAUAUGAGCCACGAUGAUAAAAUGGUGAAUGAAACAAACGGAUGAGCUAUGAUCUUUUUUAGAUCCACACUGGGUAUUAUGUUAACAGUUAUUUUAUGUAUGUUGUUAGUUUUACAUUAUGUGACUAACUGUAACUUUAAUGGCCUUUGGUCAUAAAUCAUCCAGAACUGCUCCUGUUCCUUCCAGAGCAAUUAUCGUAAAUGUGUAUAAACUAUUAAGGUUCCUUUGGUAUCUUCAGUGGCUUAAUGAAAAAAUAAUUUUCCUAAGAGACUGAUAUAAAGUAAUGAGUCAAAACCCUCUACACAGAGCCGGAGCAGCUCUGUUUUAUUAUCACCUCAACACUAGAUGGCACUGAACCCUAUCAUGUGAGAUAGAUGCUGCACUCUCCAUCUCCUCCAUUGUAAUGCAAUUAGGCGUCCACAUUGGUGGCUUAGUUCUUUACAGCAUUACUUUCAAUAAUCUGGGUCAUAACCCCUCCAGUGGGAAGCCAGAUAUUUUGAAUGGGUCGCCAAGGGUGCAACCAGUGCAAAAUGAUAAAAUUAAGUGUCUCCUAUAAAGACUGUGGCUUCUCUCUUAAAAAUGCCUCCCUUCUGCAAUCCCCUCAUUCUGCCCAUAAAUUUGAAUCCCGCUGUUAGAGAGAGAGUGAGAGAGCAAAAAAAGCAUUCUUCAUGUUCUAGUCUGCAGUAAAAUACUUUUUCAGUGUCACAGGGAUCUGUAAAAGUUGUUUCACUGCAGCACCGCUUUGGUAAAAGUCAUCAAAAUUCAGUAUGAAGUUAUGGAAAUGCUUUAGAAUGAAGUUUUAGAUAAGUGUGGGGCACCCUGUGUGUAUUUCAUACAAAAAAAAGAUUGCAUUUGCAUGUGUGGUUUAAGAAGUGAAAUGCUUCGCUUUGCCUCACUGACAUAAAAGAUAUUGUGCAUAUAA